AUGCCACCUCGUCUUACUGAUGGACAGCGUGAUCAGAUUCGGGUCAUGUCAGCAGAUGGAGAACUCAUUAACAAAAUAGCUCAAGUCGUCCACUGCACCCCCCGUACCGUCCGAAACGUGCAAGCCAACAUCGUGCGCUAUGGAACCACGACAGCGCCUGCGAAUCGAACCGGCCCCGACCCAAAGAUAACACCGUUCAUGCAAGAACGGCUCUGUGAAGCACUCGUCGAUGAACCUGAGAUGGUAAGCCGUAAGAUGAUCUCGUUUCUCUACAAAGAGUUUGGUGUAGAAGUGUCGCCUUCAACCAUCACCCGGACGUUGCAAAAGAUCAAGUGGACUCGUAAAAACACCCGCCGUGUUGCAAAGCAGCGGGACCCCGAACUGCAGCAUUACUAUAAUUAUAGACUGAAGCUAGGCGGUUUCCGAUCCUACCACUUAAUAUUUAUUGAUGAGUCGGGCAUGGAUAAAACCGUCGGACUCCGACGAAAGGGAUGGGCCCCCAAAGGUAUUACGCCCAGGCAAACAGCUACGUUCCAGCGGGAGGAGAGGUAUCAAGUUCUGUCUGCCUAUACACAGAGAGGCAUCAAGCUGUCGCGUGUCUAUCGGGGCUCUACUGACACCGAGACCUUUGUGGACUUCAUAAAGCAACUACUUUGUCACUGUAACAAAUGGCCAGAGCCGGAAUCUGUCCUCGUCAUGGAUAAUGCUACAAUUCACUGUUCCAAAGAGAUCGAAGAGAUGUGUGAGAGGACAGGCGUGAAGCAGGUCUUCACAGCACCAUACACACCUGUCACAAGCCCAAUAGAGGAGCAUUUCGCGGAGCUAAAAGCGUAUGCAAAGGUGCGGUGGGACGAGCACAUCGAUCUCAUUCAGAGAGACUUUGGCGCGUACAUCAAGUCCUGUGUCGUUGCCGUUGGUGGACGACAAGAUAGUGCUGAAGGACACUUCAGGAACGCUGGCUUGACGGUUGAGCAUCCUCCUAGUUCAGGUUGUACAGAUAACGAUGAUCAAUUGAGGUAG